AUUCAGACGUUAGCUAGAUAGCCGUCUACUAUUAAAAUUACGAAUGAACAAAUGCACUACACGCUACAUUUUGUAGCAAUACCAUAACGCUUCUUUGAACCCUAGGCAGUUUGCACCAACUGUAUGCAGAAAAGCAACGACUGUUUACUCAAUUACUAAAUCCAUCUUCUUCUGAAGGAGCAAUAUGGCACCAUUUACCGCUUGAUUGCCAGGCCUUGGUUUUGGCAUUCACGCUCCGACCUCUGAUGCUACUAGCUGAUGAUCGUUCGUGGAUCGCAUGCAAAUAAAAAACGAGCACGAAAGGCUACAUGCUGCAAGCUCAAGAGCAAGAGUAACUCGAAUAGACUACUUACUAUUGGCUUAUGAUUUCCAACUCCUGACAAUGGCAAAAUCUGAAGCAAGUGAUGGAGAAUGGGUCGAGGAGGAGCAUCUUAUGUUGGUGGAGUUGACUGGAGUGCUUGAUUAUCAGUACUUUGCCAAGUCGGACAAAGUUUGCAAGUUAUUGGGAAUUGGAACAGAGAAUCCAGUCUUACAGAUAGGAAAUUAUGUCUUCAAGGGAGAAUAUAAAAAGACUGUGGGUACAGCUGUCUUCUUUGAACAAGAGAAAGAUGAUAGCAAAGACUGGAGUUACAAAUGCUGUACAAAUAAAAUGCUGGAGAUGAGAAGAGUCUUUCUGCAACCUAAAGAAAAUGUGACGGAUGAACAGGAGACUGGUAGCCAAACCACAUCAAUGGAUGUAACAGAAGCAGAGGAUGGUACCUGAUAGGAAGCAAUAUAUCUCUGAAAUACAACAACAGGAUUACUUAAUUCCACGUAGAUCGGUGUUCAGAUCACACCGUCUCUUGCAGCGUUACGGACCAUCGUAAUAGAGCGUUAUGGAUUGGGGUUAUGAAGUGGCUACCCGUCGGCUCCAGAUUCACUACAAAAUAGUUCCUCUCACCUUCAAAUGCAUCCAUGGUCUGGCUCAUCCCUACCCAUCUGAACUCAUAAUCUAUUAGGCAACCAUCACCUUACUCCCUCCCCUCCUGUCAGUGCAUCACACUGAACCAUACGUCUCCUAAGACGCUUCCCACACUUGUGGACAGAGCUUUUGCUGCUGCUGCUGCUCCCAAACAGUGGAAUAGCAUUCCAAGAUUUUUUUUCGCAACUAGCAAUCUCUCAAAACCUUCAAAAAAUAUCACAAAACUCAUCUCUUCUGUUAAUAACAUAAGUGUAAAGCCCAUUUGAAUUAGUACAUUUGUAUAUGGAAAACAUGAACAAUACAAAUAUUAUCAUUAAAAAAAUAGAAUAAACUUGAUAAAGAUAAGAACACUAAUUUUAAGAGAAGGAUGAGAUUGAAUAACAAGGUGAAAUGAAACAACAGCAAAGCAAAGGCAUCAGCUAA